UAUUGUUUUAAUAUUUAUUCUUUCUAUAGGUUUUUUAAUUAUUAGUCCUAAUUUAAUUAGAAUUUUAUUAGGUUGAGAUGGUUUAGGUUUAGUUUCUUAUUGUUUAGUUAUUUAUUAUCAAAAUGUAAAAUCUUAUAGUGCUGGUAUAUUAACUGCACUUUCUAAUCGUAUUGGUGAUGUUGCUAUUUUAAUUUCUAUUGCAUGAAUGUUAAAUUUUGGUGGUUGAAAUUAUAUUUAUUAUUAUGAUUUUAUUUCUAAUUCUUUUGAAAUAAAGCUCAUUACUAUAUUAAUUGUUUUAGCAGCUAUAACUAAGAGAGCUCAGAUUCCUUUCUCUUCAUAACUUCCUGCUGCUAUAGCAGCUCCUACUCCUGUUUCUGCUUUAGUUCAUUCUUCUACUCUUGUUACUGCUGGUGUUUAUUUAUUAAUUCGUUUUAGACCAAUAUUGGAUACUUAUAAUUGUGGUUGAUUUUUACUUUUAAUUGGUUGUAUAACUAUAUUUAUGGCUGGAUUGGGCGCUAAUUUUGAGUUUGAUUUAAAGAAGAUUAUUGCUCUUUCUACUUUAAGACAACUUGGUUUAAUAAUAAGAAUUUUGGCUAUAGGUUAUCAAAAGCUUGCAUUUUUUCAUUUAUUGGCUCAUGCUUUAUUUAAGGCAUUAUUAUUUAUAUGUGCAGGUUCAAUAAUUCAUAAUUUGAAGGAUUCUCAGGAUAUUCGUUUUAUAGGAUCAAUUGUUAAUUUCAUACCUUUAACUUCAGUUUGUUUUAAUGUUUCUGGUUUAUCUUUGUGUGGAAUACCUUUUUUAGCGGGAUUUUAUUCAAAGGAUUUAAUUCUUGAGAUGGUUUGUUUAAGAUGAAUUAAUUGUUUAAUUUUUUUCUUUAUUUUUUUUCUACUGGUUUAACUGCUUCUUAUUCUUUUCGUUUGUUUUAUUAUUCAAUAUCUGGUGAUAAUAAUUUUUAUUCUAGAUUUUCUUUUGAUGAUAAGGGUUAUUAUAUUUCAUUUGGAAUAAUUGGUCUAUUGUUUGUUGCUGUUUUUGGUGGUAGUCUUUUAUCUUGAUUAAUUUUUCCUAUUCCUCAUGUGAUUGCUUUACCUUAUUAUUUAAAGUUUUUAACUAUUACAGUUGU